AUGUUUGGGGACCGAGGUGGAGCUAUGCCCGAUUUCAGGGGUAGAAAUGGGAUGAACAUGGGUCCCAGGGGCCCACAGGAUCGGGGGUCUCCUAUGGACAUGAGGAGGAUGGAUUGUCCACCUGAUAUGAGGGGGCCGUCUGAUAUGAGGGGCCAUGAUAUGGAACCACUUGACAUACGAGGGAGAGGAGAAUCACCCAGGGAUUUCCUGGGGAGACCUGGAGAGGAAUCAGACUUCGGCCUCCGAAGGCAGUAUGAAAUGGUAAUCAGAGACAAGCUGCUAAAUGCAGCAGCUAGUGGUGGUUUCAAGGGGCCAGGCCCAGGCAUGGGAGGGAGAGGCAUGCCACCACGAGAUCUACGAGAGCCAAAUGACAGAUUUAUGGAUAUGAGAGACGGGGAGAUGUUCCGCAAGGAUAUGCCAGGUUUCAACAAUCCCAAAAUGGAUGGAAGGCGAGGAGGAUUUUCCAAUGAGCCUAUGGGUAGAAAUGAGGGGUUCCGAGACAUGCGUGAUAGAGACAGGCCUCCAAUGGACAGGCCCCCGAUGGGCAUGGAUGACAUUGAUGGGUUUAAUAUGGACAUGCCUCCACGGGACCGGGACAGGGGAAUGAAGGACUUCGACAGGAGGGGUGCUUCGCCGUUGAAUCCAAGGGGAAGAUUUGAGUCUGAAAUGGACUUCAGAAACCGUGUUGGACCCCCGGCUGAAUUCAGAGGAAGGGACAGAUCUCCUGUAAGAUUUGGCGACAGUGAAGGUGCACCAAUGGAUGUCAGGGGAAGUCCUGGUUGCCCUCCAGAUCUUGGUGGCCCAAACAGACCCAAGUUUAUGGGUAAAGAUUCAGAAGGCACCCUUAGAGAUAGUGAAUUCCCAGAAAUGGAAGAGGUGUCACUUGCAGAGGAGUGGAAGAACCGAAAAAUGAAGGACACUCUUCCUUCUCCAAUGAUCAGAGGUCUUCCUCCUUUCACCUUAGAUGUGCAGGGACAGCGAUUCCCUCCAAUGUCCAGAGGGGGCGGUCUUCUUGGAGAGCCGCCAAUCUUUAAAGAAAGAGACAGAUCAUCCACAGAAUUCCCAGGGAAAAAGGAUGGGCCUCCCUUUGGCUUCCCUCGCAACGACAGAGAAGCUCCAGGUUUCCAGAACUGGGAUAAAAAGCCCCCCACAGAUUUUCCUGUCAACGAUUUGCCACCCUUUGGCCUUAGAGGUCCCCAGUAUCCUCCCUUUCCACCCAUGGGUCCUGGGCUCCUGCCGAACACCCCGAACAGAGAGAAUAACUGCCAGCGCUGGCCUGGAGACAGAGAUCCCAAGCAGAAUCAAAAUGCACCAAAUCGAGGUGACAGACCCCCAUACCUAUUAGAGAUGGACAUGCCCCCAUAUCUCCUAGAGAAGACUCUACCAACUCCACUUGGCCAGGGGCCAAACAAUAACACUAGUUUCAAAGGGCCGAAGGAUGCAUUGCUUGAACAAGGCCCAGAGAGGGUUAAGCUGGUUCCAGGGCCAGACUUCCAAGGCAAAGACCAGGACUACAGGGACAUUGAUUACAGAACAGGCCCAGGGAGAGUCUUUCACUACAAACCUGAGGCGCUGCAAGGACCUGAUGAAGUUCCAAAGGAAUCCAAACCAGUCCAGACUCCCAAAUUCAAUGACUCUGGUUCCCAGGUUAGUUAAGCAAAUGUAUAGACCAUUUUUUGUUGUUGUUGAUUAAUCUAAAUCAAAUUCCAUACUAAUUGUCUUGUACAUCUGUUGGUUGAGUGUUCCCCUUUUUCAUUUGUGAUUUUUCAAUUGCUUUAACCUGUUAUUUAAAUCUGAACUGUCAACCAAAGGAUCAGGAUUACAGGAGUGCGACUGUGAAGGACAAGGUUACUCAUACAAUUUGCAUCACUGGAAUUCCUAAGACGGCCACAAUGGAGCAGGUAGGAAUCAAAACAGACAUUUUGCUGUUGACUUUUCUGAUUGCGUAAAAUCAUCUAGUAAGAUGGCAGUUUAUAGACCUAUAGGUGUGUUUUUUAAAGGUUAAACCCUAACAAUAUUUCACUCUUGCAGAUUCUUGGUGCCUUUGCAGUCCGUGAUGGUGUCCCAAUGCAGGGCAUGAAGAUAAAGAAUGUUGUGCCAGGUGAGACAAAAGUCCCUGUGUGGACAUUCUCAAAUCGAACUAUAUCUCGAAUCUCCUACGAAUUGUUUCGCUAUUCGAAUCAUACGCUCAUAUUAUUUUCAAAGUGUCUUUGUUGCCUCCGAUGUUCUCGAUCUUGAUGCAAUCGCUCAUCAGUUCAACAGCCAAGUUUUCUUAGUAUUUAUCCAUUAGCGUUUUUCAUUCCUGACGAUGUAGGAACACUUUCAAAACAUUUUUGUAGAAGCUUUCAUCCUCAACGAAGCAGCCUUUGACAGUGACUAUCUGUCACCACAGUUCAUGUGACAAGCAUUUCUUGCGUUCACACCAUUUAUUUCAUUAUACACAAGUUCCUAUUUUUUUUUUAAACAAAUAACUCAUUGAUUACAUACGAAUAUAGGCAGCAAGCCUGUAUUACAGACAACUCUAAGUGCUUUGCUGAGGCUUCAGGUUCUUGGUGUUGCGUUUCUCGUCAUUCAGCUUAGACCGACAGUUUGAUUGUAAGACAGCUUCAGCCAUCUACUCCCAACUGUUUAUUCAUAUGCAUACCAAAGAACAUCACAUUCAUAAAUGCUGCAAGAUUAGUUUAAACUGUGUUCAGUUGAAAAGGGCUGUGCUCAUGCAAUGUAAAGUGUUACAUUUCAGAUCCCUGAGACGCUACAAUACCAUGUUUCUCAGUGACAAAGUUUUGAUAUGUCAGCAAGACAAUCCAUCAAUGGCAUAGCCUAUAUUUCAUGUGAAAUAGUUUCUUUCAUACACCGUACGCCUAUGCCUUAGUAGCACAUAGGUCAUACCUUUAUGCUAUGCUUGUAGGAACUUACCUUUUUUAGGGAAAUUAAGCUGUAGUUGGCAUACUUGUUUAGAGACAACAUUCAGUCCAUAGUUGGAUCAGGAAAAUAUGUUGGUACUAGCAUUAAAUAAGGACAACAUUGCCAACUCAAAUACAAGAUAAAUUACAAAAAUGCAUAUUCUGCAAAGGUGCUGUAUUAGUGGCAGUGGAGACAUUGACAUGCAUGUCAAAACAUGAAUAAUUAGGACAAUGUUCUCCCCCCCCAAUGUAGUCAUCGAAAUGCAACAACAUCACCACAAAUAUGCUGAAUGUGAUCUCCUUUCGUGAUGUGCUCUUGAACUGCUGUCCUUACUGGCAUUGACUAACUCAAACCCAUCUGUAUUUCAAAUGCUGUCCCCAGGUUACAGCUACGAUACGGCCUAUGUGGAGUUUUUAAACCUCGAGGAUGCAGUCCACUUCAUGGAAUCCAACCAGGUGGCCCAUCCUCGUCUCUCUACGUCGACUGUGCCUUCGGGCAGGAAGAAGGCUUGGGCUGGGGGGCUGGCAUUUUAUAAGGGGUUUAGGGGAGGGAGAGGUGGGAGCAGGGUUGGUUAUUGUUUGGGUAAUUUGUCGUAGUUACUCCCUACGUGUGGGUGUGUGUGAAUUUACCCUGUUGGUGUAGGUUCAGGGAUGCUGAGAAUAGCUUUUGGGCAAAAAUUAGACUUUGCAUAAUAUUUUAAUAAUACUAGGUCGAGGAGGCGUGCAUCUGGUGCAUUGUACACUGAGGGUACAAAACAUUAAGAACACCUGCUCUUUCCAUGACAGACUGACCAGGUGAAUCCAGGUGAAAGUUAUGAACCGUUAUUGAUGUCACUUUUUAAAUCCACUUCAAUCAGUGUAGAUGAAGGGGAGGAGACAGGUUAAAGAAGGAUUUUUAAGCCUUGAGACAUGGAUUGUGUAUGUGUGCCAUUGAGGGUGAAUGGGCAAGACAAAUAAGGCUGUUCUGAGGGCAAAGGUGGAGGGUGCCGCUCAAUAUUAGGAAGGUGUUCUUAAUGUUUUGCGCACUCAGUGUAUGUCUAAGCCCAUGGGCAUAGUACAUAAUGUGUCUGGUUCCUGCAUUCUUGAUCCUCUGUCCAUCGAAGUCCUUAGUUGGAUUGGUUUUCUUUAGUGAUAUCUCUGUUCAUUGUUAGAUGGCAAUGUCAAGGUGAGUAAGGCAGCCAUUUCUGAGAUAGCAUUCAAGUCCAUCUUAGGGUUUGUUCCGUUCUUUCUCAUCUUUGCACAGAACUUUAACAUACGAGAGUUGCUUUUAAUUUUGGUGAAAGCCAUUUUCCUUUUAUCAGUCCUUUGGUGGCAAUAUUGGAAAGUUGAUCUCUUUAUGCUUCUGAUUGCUGUGUCCCGUUGACUUAUGCCUUUUUGGGAAUAUCUUGCCUUAACCUUUGGCUAUCUACAAGCCCAACUUUACCCCAAUUACUCUGGGGUACUACAUUCUAGAAUACUCUGACUGUUUGUUGGGGGUUUUGCUCAUUCCUUGUUCUCAACAAGUGGACAGUAAUGUUCUAUUCCAUUCAUCUUUCUCUACACAUAGAGAGCUGUGCAGCAACCAUGGUAUUAUUUCGCAGUGCUGAAUGGAUAGACUCCAUGCCUAAAUGCGUCCUCCACAUCACAUCCACUCUUGCCUGCGAAAUACAAGUAUAAAUCUGCUCGACACCCAUUCACUUGACACUUGAGGAGUCUUUUCUCUUGACCACAGUUCUUUGCUCACUUUUUCAUUUUGGUGACUGUGAGGCCUUCCUUUUGGUCACAUUGGUAUAGGUUCAUGUAGAGUAUCAGAAGCCUGCAGUGGUUGGUUUUUAGCCAUGGUAGCACAGGUCAAUGUCAGUGGUGCACGCCACCAGUAUAGUAUAACUGAUAUUCUUCCAACCAUGUUGGCCGAAUCUGGUACCCAUAUUGAAGGAGUCAUGGCGCACCAUAUUGAAGAAUUUGUGACUCACUACAAUGUUAAGCAACAGAUGAUCAUCAAGGCCAGAGCUAUAUCUGGCUCUGAUAAAGGCUGGAACGAUGCAGAAUCAGUAACAGGUGUUACAUGUUCCUUUGAUCUGUCCUCUAUGUUAAUUUACUAAUUGGGUAGCUGGUUGGUAGAAUGGUUUUGGAUUUUGUAAAAAUCAUUUGGUUACAUGAGAUUUUAAAGGCAUGCGUUCCCUCUAUAAAAAAAUGUAAUCCAUUCGGCUUUAUCUUUUUACCCAUCAACAACAGAAAACGUUUAAAGUAUACUUGUCUCGGCAAGUGGGGGUUAUUGUAGAUAUAACUGCCACUCACCAUUUUAGAUGUACUUGCAGUGCAUUCGGAAAGUAUUCAGACCCCUUGACUUUUUCCACAUUUUGUUAUGUUACAGCCUUAUUCUAAAAUGGAUUAAAUAUGUUUUCCCACAUCAAUCUACACACAAUACCCCAUAAUGACAAAGCGAAAACAGAGCUUGAGAGGAUCUGCAGAGAAGAAUGGGAGAAACUCCCCAAAUACAGGUGUGCCUAGCUUGUAGCGUCAUAUCCACGAAGACUUGAGGCUGUAAUCGCUGCCAAAGGUGCUUCAAAAAAGUACUAAGUAAAGGGUCUGAUUUACUUAUGUAAAUGUGAAAUUUCAGUUUCUAAAAACCUGUUUUUGCUUUGUCAUUAUGGGGUGUUGUGUGUAAAUGUAAUCAAUUUUAGAAUAAGGCUGUAACAUAACAAUGUGGAAAAAGUCAAGGGGUCUGAAUACUUUCCGAAUGUCGUGGUCAAAAGUUUUGAGAAUGACACAUUCAUUUUCACAAAGUCUGCUGCCUCAGUUUUUAUGAUGGCAAUUUGCAUAUAUUCCAGAAUGUUAUGAAGAGUGAUCAGAUUAAUUGCAAAGUCCCUCUUUGCCAUGAAAAUGAACUUGAUCCCCCAAAAACAUUUCCACUGCAUUUCAGCCCUGCCACAAAAGGACCAGCUGACAUCAUGUCAGUGAUUCUCUCGUUAACACAGGUGAGAGUGUUGACAAGGCUGGAGAUCACUCUGUCAUGCUGAUUGAGUUAGAAUAACAGACUGGAAGCUCUAAAAGGAGGGUGGUGCUUGAAAUCAUUGUUAAAUCUCUGUUAACCAUGGUUACCUGCAAGGAAACGUGCCGUCAUCAUUGCUUUGCACAAAAAGGGCUUCACAGGCAAAGAUAUUGCUGCUAGUAAGAUUGCACCUAAAUCAACCAUUUAUCGGAUCAUCAAGAACUUCAAGGAAAGAGAUUCAAUUGUUGUGAAGAAGGCUUCAGGGCGCCCAAGAAAGUCCAGCAAGCGCCAGGACCGUCUCCUAAAGUUGAUUCAGCUGUGGGAUCUGGGCACCACCAGUGCAGUGCUUGCUCAGGAAUGGCAGCAGGCAGGUGUGAGUGCAUCUGCACGCAUAGUGAGGCAAAGACUUUUGGAGGAUGGCCUGGUGUCAAGAAGGGCAGCGAGGACUGUGGUAAAGUCAUUUUCUCUGAUGAAUCCCCUUUCCGAUUUGUUUGGGGCAUCCGGAAAAAAGCUUGUCUGGAGAAGACAAGGUGAGCGCUACCAUCAGUCCUGUGUCAUGCCAACAGUAAAGCAUCCUGAGACCAUUCAUGUGUGGGGUUGCUUCUCAGCAAAGGGAGUGCGCUCACUCACAAUUUUGCCUAAGAACACAGCCAUGAAUAAAGAAUGGUACCAACACGUCCUCCGAGAGCAACUUCUCCCAAUCAUCCAAGAACAGUUUGGUGACGAACAAUGCCUUUUCCAGCAUGAUGGAGCACCUUGCCAUAAGGCAGAAGUGAUAACUAAGUGGCUCGGGGAACAAAACAUCGACAUUUUGGGUCCAUGGCCAGGAAACUCCCCAGACCUUAAUCCCAUUGAGUACUUGUGGUCAAUCAUAAAGAGGCUGGUGGACAAACAAAAACCCACAAAUUCUGACAAACUCCAAGCAUUGAUUAUGCAAGAAUGGGCUGCCAUCACUCAGGAUGUGGCCCAGAAGUUAAUUGACAGCAUGCCAUGGCGGAUUGCAGAGGUCUUGAAAAAGAAGGGUCAACACUGCAAAUAUUGGCUCUUUGCAUAAACUUAAUGUAAUUGUCAAUAAAAGACUUUGACACUUAUGGAAUGCUUGUAAUUAUACUUCAGUAUACCAUAGUAACAUCUGACAAAAAUAUCUAAAAACACUGAAGCAGCAAACUUUGUGAAGACCAAUACUGUGUCAUUCUCAAAACUUUUGACCAUGACUAGUUAAACCUGAGAUUUUUUUGUCUAUAAACCAACAGCUUGCAUGUCUGAUCCAGCACAGUCAUGCCUUGAGGCAAAUAAGUGUCACACAUUUACAGUGCACUGCCAACACAAUGGUCUAUUGAAUUUCACAUUUUUGAAGUACAGAUUUUAAAUGUACAAAUUUGACUCCUACACAAUCAAAGAAUAAUAGAUUUGUAAAUGUAUCUAGGAAGACCAGUAAUAUGAAAUUCAUAAUCUCCUCCCCAAAGUGCUUUUGGUAGUACUGCACAUAAGAAAAGGUUGCGUUUCCUCCUGGCAAACAGUAAUGCAAUUGCAUGGAGGAAAUUCUUUGGAAGAUAUUGGUCGAUAUGGCUUCCGUAUUUCUGUCAGAACUAUAAUGUUUGUCCUAUUACCCUCUCUACUGAGGAGGACUAAACCUGCCACAGUGCAUGAUGGGAGUCUGUUCUCUUGGAACAUUUAGAAUUGUGAGUCACUUGGUUGGCAGGGAAGCAGAUUCCUCAGUUUGGAUCUAGUGCACUCUCUUCCUGUUUUUCAGGGAUCGCUGAAGGUUGGCACUAAAACGGCUCUAAUGAGAUACGUCCAGCCGGACAGAAGUGUCAAGGAAGCUCAAGUAAGUGUUGUAUGUCACACAGGAAGGGCCUGUUGUGGAUGGUAGUGAUUUAUUCCCUUUACCUUGGUCCAUAGACCUUGUCAAUUUUUAGAAUGCUAGUUGCAUAGGUCUUUUUAUGCUUGGUAUUAUUUACCCCAAGAUUUGUAUGCGUGGGAGAUAUGUUUUGCCUGUAUUCUUAUUUUUUUUUAAAGCCAUAGGUUGUUGAGACAACCGCCACUAAGUAAUUGAUGUGCCUUCUCUCGCUGCGUUAGGAACCAGGCCACAAGGCAGGCCCUCCGGCCCAGGAACCCCUGCUACCAAGCCCAGGCCAGCUCCUGGUCAACAAGGCCAAGGGCGACCACCAAGACCAGAAUGGCUCCCAGGCCAAGUCCCCAGUGGACCCCCUGUCCCAGCAGGGUUCGUGGCAGCGAAGCUCAGACCUCACCCCAGAGGCCUGGCAGCAGCAGGUGGACCAGCAGCUCAGACGGCAAGAGGCUGAGCAGCAGGCAGAGUCCUGGGCCAGCCGCAACCCCCCUCGCCAAGGCCCCGGCCCUCAUCAGAUGGACCCCAUCUUUAAGGAGAGCAAGAGUGAGUGAGCUGGGCAAUAUUGUAGUAGUUGGUUUGAGGUGUGACUGGAUAAUAAUACAUGUGUUUGUCUCUAUGGAUAACUGUUAAAACUUUGAUGUGGUAUUAUAGCUCCAAGUUUAUAGAUCAGUAUGCUUGUUCUCCCCUCUGUUGCCCUACAGCCAUGAUCAUAAAGAAUGUGAAGCCCACCACGACAGUGGAGACCAUCCUAAAAGCCUUAGACCCCUUUGCCUACCUGGACGAGAGGAACGUCCGUUUGGUUAGAGGCAAACCCCCGGGUACCAAAUGCUUCUGCUUCAUUGACAUGGACUCUCAUGAGGUAUCACAUAGCUGCCAUAACAUGUCAAUUAAGCUGUUUUUUCAUGGUUUAUCACACUCCCAUUUCCACCUGAUAUGUGGAUUUGAAAUGGAUGAAUGUCUGAGAGUUGUACCCUGCUUAAUGGAUGUCAUGACGUGGCCUUUUUCCAUCCUAGCAAGUGACCCGUCUAGUUGACCUGCUCACCAAGCCCAGGCCUCUCUCUAUCGACGGGGUCCGGGUUUACGCUGAGGUCGCCAAGCCUCUGAAGAAUCAAAAGUGAGUCUUAUAGCAUGUUAUAUCAUGUAACCACUGUUCUUACGCUGAAACGUGUGAUGUUUUGCACUACUGAGGAUUUGAUGGUCUUUUCUGCUGCUAGCUACAGAAGAGAGUUUGAUAAAUCCAACACUUCUCUCCUGGGUUACCCACCUGAGGCCAGUAUGAUGGAGGUAAGUUAGGGGUUUGGUCUCAUUUUGGGUUUUGAGUUAGUUAGUGUGUUGGUUAGAAAACGUAACGUGUUGUUUUGUGCUUUAAUUCCAGCCGCAGCAGUACUAUUCAUCCCAACCCCACAAGCAGCCACCAGGAGCCCCCCCACCUAACAUGCAAGGUGAGUCCUCUCUCCUCAGUCAGUAUCCACAUUCAAACACUAUUCUGCCUGAGGAUUUGUACAUGAAGAGACGACACAUUUUGUCGUGGUCUGGUUUUGUGUAUCUUUCAGCUCAACAUGCUUCAAUCAUCAGGUAAUGUUGGGUAAAAAUGACGAGGAAGAAUACAUUUUAUCAUUUUUUACCUAGGAGACCAUAUGGGUGGAUCGAUGAGCUCAGACAUCCCUCACUCCCAUUCAUCUGUCUCUCACUUGAAUUCCAGCAUGGCUCAGGUGAGAUACCACCAUCAGACUAUUAUAAACCACUUUAUUCAAAAGGAAAGACACUCACACACAUCCAUUCAUGCUACACACACAUCACAACUGCUGCUACCAGACUCUUCGUCUUUAAAUUGUGCAGUAUUUAGCAAUAAUAACUCCCGAAAACACGUGUCAAUAUUUGACUAUAAAUUGUUGCCUUCCUGUAUUAUACUUAUGCUAAUAUGUUUAUUCUAUUAUACUGAGCCAUUUACUUCAUGUUCGUAUUCUUAUCUUGUAUUAUUUCUUAUUGUUGUUGCAUUGUCAAGAAGGAACCUGCAAGUAAGCAUUUCGUUGGACGAUGUAUACCAUGUGUAUCCUGUACAUACUUGAAGCAUUGAUAAUGAUUGACAGUUUAAACAGAGGAAAUGCGUGAGUGAGUGUCAGUGUGAAAUGCCCAGGUAACCAAUGCUUCCCUCUCCCACAUCCCAGGGAGGUGGCUAUGGUGAACCUCCACUAGUUGAUCCCUACCAACAGGCUCUGGACCCCCAGGUCUCCUCUGCAGGAGUAAUGGCAGCUACAGGAGACCAUGCCACUGAUGGCUACAGCUAUGGUAAGGCCAAGCAAUAAUGCCCCUCUCAGACAUCAGGGGAAAUGCAGCAGUGGAAAGAAUGCGAAUAGACAGGCAUUUUAUCAGUCUCAUCUUGUCAUACUCUUGCAAUAACUGACCUUCUCAUUUCUCUAGCUACUGAAUCUCCUGACAUGACUAACUACCUGUAUGAUGCCACUUCUGGGUUCUACUACGAUCCCCAAACUACCUUGUACUAUGACCCUGCCUCUAGGGUAAGUGUGCUACACAGCAGCUCAUAUAUGAUCUGAUACAUGCUCUUGAAAUCAUUAUCUUUGUGUAUCUGUGCUUCAUGUCCUGUGUCUGUUUGUGCAGUAUUUCUACAAUGCCCAGUCCCAGCAGUACCUUUACUGGGACGGUGUGUCUAAGACGUACAUCCCCGUGCCCGGAGGACACUCUGCAGACACCCAGCCCCCCAUGGCCCAGUCUAGUGUUGCCAUGGCACCUGACGUACAGGCCAUUCUGGCCAAUCCAGUAGCAGACGCUCCACUGGACAUGAAGAAACCAGAGCCAACCCCUCACGUCGACCCUCCCCGGGUCCUAAACCCUACUCCUGCCUUGAACCCCAUGCCCAACCCUUCCCCUGAGAAGAGAGAGGAGGAGGACACUGCCCCUCACAGCCUUGACAAGAAAGACAAAGACAAACCAGGAGAGAAAGAGGAGAAACCCAGGAGCCUAGCUGCCUCCAAGGUAAACCCACAUUACCACAUUACACUCAUGUACAAUGAAGCUAUAGGAACAACCCUCUUGCCCAAAUACACCACUUCAUAGAUGGUUAAUACAUAUGUGUCUGUCUCAGGUCAUGAAGGAUAUGGAGCGCUGGGCUAAGAUCCAGAACCGUCAGAAGGACAGCGUCCGUUCCCCGUCCCCCGUACUGAAGACCUCCGGGGGCGGGCUGGAUGACAGGAAGACCUCCAAAGCAGCUGAUGCAGCCUUUGCCAUCUUCGAGAGGAAGGUGGGUGGAGAGACUUGCAAAUGCAUUUGCUUUGUUUAUUUUCACUCUACAUGUGUAGUGGGCAGUAAUAUUUGGCAUGUAUAUACAGCAUUUUAUAUAUACACUAUAUAUACAAAAGUGUGUGGACACCCCUUCAAAUUAGUGGAUUCGGCUAUUUCAGUCAUACCCGUUGCUGACAGGUGUAUAAAAUCGAGCACACAGCCAUGCAAUCUCCAUAGACAAACAUUGGCAGUAGAAUGGCCUUACUGAAGAGCUCAGUGACUUUCAACGUGGAACCAUCAUAGGAUGUCACCUUUCCACAAGUCAGUUCGUCAAAUUUCUGCCCUGCUAGAGCUGCCCCGGUCAACUGGGCAAGUGCUGUAAUGUGAAGUGGAAACGUCUAGGAGCAACAACGGCUCAUCCGCGAAGUGGUAGGCCACACAAGCUCACAGAACGGAACCACCGAGUGCUGAAGCGUGCAGCACGUAAAAAUCGUCUGUCCUCGGUUGCAACACUCACUACCGAGUUCCAAACUGCCUCUGGAAGCAACGUCAGAACAAUAACUGUUUGUCGGGAGCUUCAUGAAAUGGGUUUCCAUGGCCGAGCAGCCACACACAAGCCUAAGAUCACCAUGCGCAAUGCCAAGCAUCGGCUGGAGUGGUGUAAAGCUCACCGCCAUUGGACUCUGGAGCAGUGGAAAUGCGUUCUCUGGAGUGAUGAAUCAUGCUUCAACAUCUGGUGGUCUGAUGGACGAAUCGGGAUUUGGCGGAUGCCAGGAGAGUAAUGAUUUGGGGCUGUUUUCAUGGUUCAGACUGGGCCCCUUAGUUCCACUGAAGGGAAAUCUUAACGCUACAGCGUGCAAUGACAUUUUAGACAAUUCUGUGCUUCCAACUUUGUGGCAACAGUUUGGGGAAGGCCCUUUUCUGUUUCAGCAUGACAAUGCCCCCGUACACAAAGCGAGAUCCAUACAGAAAUGGUUUGUCGAGAUCGAUGUGGAAGAACUUGACUGGCCUGCGCAGAGCCCUGACCUCAACCCCAUCGAACACCUUUGGGAUGAAUUGGAACGCAGACUGCGAGCCAGGCCUAAUUGCCCAACAUCAGUGCCCGACCUCACUAAUGCUCUUGUGGCUGAAUGGAAGCAAGUCCCUGCAGCAAUGUUCCAACAUCUAGUGGAAAGCCUUCCUAGAAGAGUGGCGGCUGUUAUAGCAGCAAAAGGGGGGAACAACUCCAUAUUAAUGCCCAGUAUUUUGGAAUGAGAUGGCCGUAUAGUCUUGGUCAUGUAGUGUACCUCACAUGCGCCUCGUAAUAAGAAUAUGCAUUUAGCCCAUUUUAAUGAAUUGUCUGACUCCAUAAAGAUUAUUUAGCAAUAUGCAAGAACACCAUAGUUGAGUUACAGUAAUAGGCAAUGAAGAAAUGUCUAAAUACAAUCUUACUUUGUAUAAAAUGAUUGGAUUCGCAUACAAGGCAUAAAGCUUAAGUUACAAAGCAAUAACAGGCAUUCUAGGAUAGAGGGAGAGAUCUCGAAGACCCUUUUAUAAGCAUCUGCGUUGUUUGGAUUCAAAAUCUGAGUUGACCAAAAGUGUUACUGUACCGUUAACCUCCAAUCAGAUGUCAGACCUACACAACAGAACUGCGUCUCAAAGGUGUAACAAUGGGGGUUGGGAAGAUCAACACAGAGAAGGCUGAAUUCCUAAGAACCCACGAAAUUAUUGCAUACAUCUGAUAAGUCACUUCUAGAUGUAUGUAUUUAUUUACAAUGAUUUGAUUGAUUCUGCUGUUUCCCCAUACAGGGCGGAGACGACCUCUUCAAGAAGCCUAUGGCUCCUCCCAAGAAAGAGGGGAAGGGCUCAAAGGUGAGGUUGGUUAAUUGGUGAGAGGUCACCGCCAAAUGCCUACAAUGUUCUGUGGUGUGUGAGCUGGGGAAAGAACGCAUGAAUUUGAUUCCAAUCCAUGAUGUCUGGGCUGUUUUCCUCACUCCCUGGUGACCAUGUUCCCGAACUUCCUGCUCUCUCCACCCUACCCAGCAGUCCAUUGGCUCUCUGGGCCUGCUGGCUUCAGACUACGCAGCUACAGGCAGUGACGAGGAGGAGGAGGUGCAGCACGAGGCUCCUCAGGCUUCUAGGAGCCAGUCCCAGGACGAGGAGGAUAAACUAACAGACUGGAAGAAGAUGGCCUGCCUGCUGUGUAGGAGACAGUUCCCCAAUAAGGAUGGCCUGGUGCGCCACCAGCAGCUCUCUGACCUUCACAAGCAAAACAUGGAGAUCCACAUGAAGAUCAAGAGGUCAAAGAAGGAGUUGGAGGCUUUGGAGAACCAGGAGAAAGAGGUCAGUGGAGGCUUGAUUUUUCAUCACCUUUUGCACAUCUGAUGUACAUACACAUUUGAUAUGUAGUCGUAAAGCAGUUCAAUAGUCGUGAAUAGCUAAAUUAUAGUUGCCAAUUAGUGUAUACUGGCACUUAGACAUGAUCACCAAACCAGACGGGGGAGUUUGGGUCAUCUGAUACCCCCCAGACUUAGGAGAAAUCGCCACAAAUCAACAGUUAAAUACAGACCCAUCAUUGAAUGGAACGCCUUAACUACUAGAGCUGGUGACGACAAACCAAAAUGAGUGAAACCGACCAUUUAUCAAGAACAUUUAAUUGAUAUUGAUAAUCAUUUCACUGAUAUCGAUAAUAACGAUAAGUAGCCUUUACUAAAGGAAUGUGAAGUUUGAAAUUAAGUUGAAUGGGCUAUUACUAACUGGACAAAUGAUGGCUACAACGUUCAAAGUAGUAGUAGUUUUAAGGGUUAUAUAAAAAAAAAAGUAACUGGUGCACAUUAAUGUUCUGAAUUUAUCGUUCAAUUUAUGGUUCAUCGUGAUAAUUCAGUCAAUUUAUCGCGAUAUGGAUUUUUGUCCAAAUAACCCAGCUCUAUUACCAACUCAUAUUUCCCAAGCAAAAAGUACAUUCACAUUCAAGAAAACAUUAAAGACAUCUAAUGAGAUAUGACUGGACAGAUACUGAUCCCUGAAUAUGCUUGUUAAAUGUUAACUUUCAGGUAUUUUAAAUGUCUGUAAUAUCUACUUGUUAAUGUUUUUUUAAUGUAUGUAAAUUGUAGUCUUUGUCUGUAAUGUCUUUUUCGUUACGUGUCGGACCCCAGGAAGACUAUGGGGAUCCUAAUAAAGUAAAUGCAAGUAUGUUCAAUAAGUGUUCUUUAAAUCAAAUCAAAUCAAAUUUUAUUUGUCACAUGCGCCGAAUACAGCAAGUGUAGACCUUACAGUGAAAUGCUUACUUACAAGCCCUUAACCAAUAAUGCAGUUUUAAGAAAGAAUACAAAAAAACAACAAUAUAAAUAGUAUGAAGUCAUCGCUGUUCUGAGGUCCAGAAGCUCUUUUCGGUCAUAAGAGACAGUAGCAGCAACAUUAUGUACAAAAUAAGUUACACACGAUGCGAAAAAACUAACAAAAUAGCACGCACGGUUGGUUAAGAGUCCAUAAAACGGCAGCCAUCCCCUCCGGCGCCAUCUUUACAUUAUGAGUGAUGUAUUCAUGUCUGUAAUCUGUCCCACAGCUGAGUACCGGAGAGUCCAACGGCUCCCCAGAACAGAAGAGAAGGAAACACCAACAUCAAUACCAGAAUAGCUGGGCUGGUGGCUCCAGGGACAUGCAUAAAGGCAGCGAGAGACCUGGCUUAGGCUCUGAACCUGUUGAGGUACGUCUCUAACUCAGCUCUCCAACCCUGUUCCUGGAGAACUACCGUCCUGUAGGUUCACACUCCAACCCUUAAUGUAGCACACCUGAUUCUAAUAAUUAGCUGGUUGAUACGCUGAAUCAGGUUAGUUACAACUGGGGUUGGAGCGUAAACCUACAGGAGGGUAGCUCUCCAGGAACAGGGUUGGAGAGGCAUGGACUAUAACAUUUUAAUGUUUCUGUCUAGUCCACCAGAUGGGUUUCUUGGUGAUUUUAACCCUUUGUGUUGUUUCCUCUCUCCUCCUCUUGUCUCACAGAGGAAGAAGAAGGAGCCUGUUGUCUGGAACCAUGCCACCUACAAACAAGCUGUGCGCAAGUCCAUGUUCGCACGCUUCAAAGAGCUGGACUGACCUCUUCCUGUGAACUCCAGGGGUGCAUUCAGUUCAGUACGUUUUGUGCUCACUGUUCUUCAACAGUCUUUGAGGUAUGUUUCCUGGUGGUGGUUGUGGCCUGAUCAAUAUGGAUGUGACCGUUUGAAAAAUCCCAAAACUAAUGCAGCACACACCGUACACAAUCUUCCUGUGUCACCAUAACACAACAAACUGGUCGUUCAGAACUGCACCGUUUCCGUGGAAUCAAACGUUGCACCACGCUCUGUUCUACUUAACGCACCCCAGAUCACACACUCCUGCCCGUGUCCCUGUGUUUGUCUGUGGGGAGUGUUGGUCAACAUAAUGGACCUGCAAUGCCUCAGGAGAGCUUUUGGACUGAGCUCGCCUCUUACUGUACCUGUGGCCCCACUUCACUGUACAACAAGGACUUUGACUCACCAGCAAUGAAAUCAGGCCGUAGCCCGCCCGCUAAGCUCAACUGUUGAGGCCAUGGAGCUGUAGGGAGACCGCUAGGGCCUCCACGUUUCUGCAGUAUUUCUGCAGACGUUCACCCAUCCCUAUCCCUCCGCUGUACUGACUGCAGGAGCGAGGCAGAAGCAGUGGUGUUGAGGCUAAGCUGCUUCACAGACUCACCCCAAACAUCAAGCUGGCUUUGACUGGCUCCUAAUCAAUCCUUUUAGGGAUGUAGCUUUUUGUCUUGCAAUGUGUUUUGGAUGGCUGAUGUGUAGUAUUAUUGUGAUGUGUACUCAGCAGCCAUAUCUGCCAUUGUAGAAUCCCUGUAUGCCACCAGCUGGUUCCAGCUACACACUGUCAUUUAUUUUAACAGAUGUUUUUAUAUGGACUUAUUCCUUGCCCUGUUUGGUUUAUACUCUGUAUUAUGUGUACACAUUUUUAAGUAAAAAAUAAAUCAACUAGAAUUUGAGCCUGGUUUAUUUAUGUGAAAGGAUGUGUGUACUGUUAGAUUAGGAAUGUGUGCAGUGAUUUACUUUCUCUCUCUCUAGACAUCCGGGUUGCCCCCCACAAUUUUCAAAUGUUCGAUCUUAACACAUCUGUACGUAAUCAAACGUCAGUUAGGCAUAGAGGAACUAUGUCACUCCCACCCCGGAACAAAUUGUUUCCCCUUAUCGAAGUAGCGAAAAGAGUCCGUCAUUGAAACCAGACCCUAUUCAGUCACUGCUGUUGCCUAGGGUCGGGUUUACGAGACUAGUAUCUGUCAGACAGAAAUGAUAUUCAGCAACUCUCCAUUGGGUGGUAGCAGUGUUCUUUAGAAAUGUGUACUGUCACUAAACCUGAAUAGUGUUGUACCUUCCCAUGAUGUUAUAUGGUUAACCCUUAAGAUAAUACAAUGAACUGGAAUGUGUUUCAUUGUUUGAAUAAAACAUGAUUGUUAGGGAAUUGGUGCAAUGAUCUCUAUGUUUAUUGGUCUAGGUGAUUUGUUGAAGGUAAUGUGAAAAGGAUGUCGUUUGGCUGAGGUAGAACAUCAUGAGGAUGUUCAUUUUGUUAAACAUCGGUAUUACCUAUAUCAUCCGGUAGCAAUGGUGCUACAAGGUAGGAACAAAAACUCUCUUAGCCUCCCUGAAUGAUGUCUAAUUUGUUUCUGUUUUGUUUAGGUUAGGAUGACUAAACCGUCCUGUCUUGAGUCCAGAGGGUCAGUGUAGAAUCGGGUGAUUAAGCUAAUAUUUGGUAUGUUUUCUAUAAUUUCCUGUUUGCCCCAUUCCUGCUCUACAGCUGUCAGAAUAUGGGCUCCACCCCAUGUGGGUUUGGCGCCAUAAUUGGAGAUGACCUGGAUUUAGUGUACUCACAAGAGGAACCAGACCAUGGUGGAGCCCCAGGGGCCACAGGAAGUCAAUGCAGAGCAGAACAGCAGGAUCACAACUGAACGUAGGGGCUGCUUAAUCCCACUGAUGGUAGUCCGACUUCGUAGUUUUCUGUCAUUGGAUUUUUUCCCUCUUGGUUUAAACCAGCGAUAUCAAACUCGUUCCAUGGAGGGCCGAGUGUCUACGGGUUUUUGGUUUUUCCUUUUAAACAGUAGAAACUGAAUCAUUAUAUGAGCACCGAGAAUGGCAAAAAAUGACUCAUCUGUCCAGUGGCAUAAACAAAAUCAGACACAAUAUUGCUGCAACAAUAUUUUUGCUGGGUAUGGUCAAAUUUGUGACUAGAAAGAUGACAUUUUAAGGGAAUUUCCAGGUUUAAAAAAAGCCAUGAAGAUUUAAUUUGUGUUUAAUACUGUGCAAACCCCAUCUUACUGUAUCUGAGUCUGUACAUUACAUGACUCCCCACUCAGGGGAAAACCCAUUGUUUUGUGAUUUCAGCAGGUUACCUUUGACUCAACUUUACUGUCUGCCAUCCAACCUGCUCCUUUUCUCUUAGGUUGCUCCAACAAGGAGUGGUUAAUGCAGUUUCUAACCAGAGGCAUUGACAGUGAGGAGUCU